AUGGGGUCGAGGGCGUGUUUCAAUCGAGAGCUUGCUCCAGCCGAGCAUGCUGGGAGUGGCUCGUCGCGACCGCCCAACGGCAUGCGCGGGGGAGAGCGGGAGGGGGAAGGGGAGGAGGGGCGUGAAGGGGAGGAGGAAUUUGCGGAGAUGGGCGAGGGGGACGAGGAGCUGGUUGAAAUCGACUCCGGAGGUGGGCAGGAUGGGGUGAGGAGAAAGGGUGGGGGGGCGGGAAAGGGACAAAGGGAGAGGGAUGCAGCGGCGGGGGGGAUUGGCAGUUGGGAUGAGUUGAGGGGCCUGGCAGGCCAAGUUGUCUUCACUCGGUUUCUGUGCCGCUUCCCUUUCCCCUCAACUACUCGCCCUCGCCUCAUUCAUUUCCCUUCCACUCCCCCUUGCCGCUGCUGCCCCGUGCGGCCAUCAGACGAUGACGUCCUGUCGGCCGACUUUGAUGACGACGACGACGCGCCUGCUGAGCUGGCAGACGAUGGCAUGGGGCAAGAGGAGGGCGAGGAGGAUGAGGAGGGCGGGCAGGACGACUCAGUGCAUGUGUUCACGGCGCACACAGACAGUGUGUACGCCGUGGCAUGCAGUCCACUCCCGGGCGGCAGAGUGGCGUCGGGUGGUGGGGACGAGGUGGCGUACCUGUGGACCAUCGGGCAGGCGGAGGACCCCGUUAAGCUCCAAGGGCACAGGGACAGCAUAGCAGCAGUGGAGUUCAGUGGGGACGGGCGGUGGGUGGCCACAGCAGGGCUGGACGGCGUGGUCAUGCUGUGGGACGCCGCCACGGGGGACAGGCGCCACCGCCUUGAGGGGCCCGGGGAGGGCAUCGAGGUGCGCGGGCCAGUGUGUGUGUGUCGCUGGGAGACUCACGUGCUGCUCACUGCUGCUGCUCCUUGUGGUUGGGUGUGGCAUGGUGCGCUCUCUCACCGUCCUCUCCUCUCUCCUGCUGCCCACUGGCCCCCACUGCUUCCUCAAUGUGCCGUCCUCCCUCCUGUCCCGGCCUCCCCCGUUCCCUGCCCAGUUCCUGACGUGGCAUCCACGGGGAGCGGUGGUACUGGCGGGGUCGGAGGAUCUGACAGCGUGGAUGUGGAAUGCGGAGACGGGGGCGUGCAUGGCCGUCUUCACGGGUCACAGCGCGGGGGUCACCUGUGGGGCCUUCUCCCCCGAUGCGGGGCAGUGUGGAUCGGGAAGGCCGAUGGGUCAGUGCGACUUUUGAGUCGACUCAAAGUCCCUUCCUCCACCCCUACUCAUCGCUCUCCUUCCCCUCGCAAUCCUGCUCCCCCCCUUCUCCCCCACCCCUCAGGCCGUGCGGUGUGGACAGGGUCAACAGACGGGUCGGUGCGCUGCUGGGACCCGCGCUCUGCCGCCACCACCGCCACCCUCGCAGGGCCGUUGUUCCACAGCGACGCCAUCACGUGUGUGGCCAUGGCGCCACAGGGCUCAGUGGGCGCUGCUGGCUCCUCCGACCACACCACCGCCCUCUUCGGCCUGCAGCAACCCAAGGUGGGGCUGCUGUCGUGCCCGCCACUGCAUGUCAUGCCGCAUGCUGCUUCUACUGCUGUCUCCUUGCUCUCUCACUCACGCACGGAUCUGCCGUUGCACCUCUCACGCUCUGCUCUGGUCACCGCCACUCACCUUCCUACUAGCUCAGCAAAGGGCACUUCUCAUAUUACUCUCGUCUCCCAACAAUCAUCUGUCUCGUGGCUGUGUGCAUGGCACCUGGGGACGUGCAUGGCAUGGCAUGGCAUGGGGGCGGGCAGGGGGCCAACGGUGGCAACGGCAUCACUGGAUGGAUCAGUGCGCAUAUUUGACAUCAACUCGCUGCAGCUGCGCUCCACUUGCUCACACCAGGACGGGGUGGUGCAGAUGGCAUGGGCGCCCGCAGCACCGGUGCUGGUGACGGCGACAGCAGAUGGAGCAGUGCACGUGUGGGAUGCGCGCACGGGGGCCAUCCAGAAGACCCUGCGCGGCAACCGUGAUGCCGUGCUCUCCCUUGCCCUCACCCCGGAUGCAUUCAUUCCCCACAGCCAUCACACACCGCUGCAUGCCACCAGCCCUGCACGUACCCCCUCACCGUUGCCUGCCACAUGUCCCACUGCCCGCCCCACCACCCCCUGCAGCGACGGGGUCUUUGCGGUGACGGGGUCGGACGACCACACGGCGCGUGUCUUCCAGCUCUAG